UAAUCUUUAUGACCAUUGACUCCGGACAAAGUUGAUGCUCUAUGCCCGACUAAGCAAAAGCCCUUAUUUACCAAAGAAAAAGGCUCCAUUCAACAGGCCCAAAAAACGAACCACUAUCUCACUCUUAAAUUGUCAUAACCAAGGCACAAAAACAAAACCAAAGGAACGGUCAUAUUUAUUGGAAAACUAGCAAAAAGAAAAAAAAAUGUUGAGAAGUCUUCAACUGGAGUCUGGUUACAGAAUCAUCUUAGCUUUGAGACUCUCUUCCCUGCUAAUUUUGUUUUCUUCGGUUCUGAGUGCUCAUGGGUAUCCUUCAAGAGCUCAUAUCUUCAUUUAUGCAGCCUGUUCUCAAGAAAAAUACCAACCAAACUCACCCUUUGAAGGCAACCUUAACAGCUUUCUGUCUUCAGUUGUCAGUUCAUUCUCGGAUGUAACUUACAAUAGUUUUGCUAUUGGAAAUGGAAGCUCAACACCACAAGAGGGAAACGUAUACGGCUUGUAUCAGUGCAGAGGUGAUUUGCAUCCAGUUGACUGCUCAAAGUGUGUAGGAAGACUUGUUAACCAAAUAGGCUUGGUUUGUCCUUAUGCCCUUGGGGCUUCUUUGCAACUUGAAGGCUGCCUUGUAAGAUAUGAGCAUGCUGGUGAUUUCCUGGGCAAACUGGACACCAGUCUCAGGUAUAAGAAAUGUAGCAAAGCCGUGACUAGUGACGUUGAGUUCUUCCGUCGUAGAGAUGAUGUUCUGGCUGAUUUGCAAACGGCUAAUGGAUUUAGAGUCAGUAGUUCAGGCCUAGUUGAAGGGUUUGCACAAUGCUUGGGGGAUUUAAGUGUAUCAGAUUGCUCCUCUUGUCUAGCAGAUGCAGUUGGAAAGCUAAAAAGCUUAUGUGGAUCAGCAGCAACAGCUGAUGUGUUCUUGGGACAAUGUUAUGCUCGGUACUGGGCAUCUGGCUAUUAUGAUGAAUCAGAUUCCUCCAACAAUGACCAAGUGGGAAAAUCGGUUGCCAUUAUUGUGGGAGUAUUUGCAGGUCUUGCCGUUCUAGUUGUACUCCUCUCAAUUUGCAAAAAAGCAGCGGGUUAAGAAGAGAGAGGUACUAAAAGAAGGGGUAAUCAUUAGGAAAGGUCCUCAAAUGUUUUUUUAAAUUUAUUGAAAACCAUGCUUCCACAUUUUGUUCAAUUUAAUACAUUAUGUUUUCCCACCAAAGAAAGUGGAUGUUAUCUUUUAGUUUAUAAAGUAGAACUCUGUUAUCGAUCAACUUAGAAAGCGCUGCCGAUUGUCUUUGCCUU